AUGGCGUCACCCGCAGCGUUUCUGCCAGUGGAGCAGCUUCUCAAGGAGCAGGGCGCAGACAAGGCGCUCACCGACGUCCUCCUCGCAGUUCUCAACAAAUGCAGCAAGAUCGCGGCGACCCUGCGCGGGACGGCGGUCGAGAAGGUCGGGAGCGUGAACGACUUCGGCGAUGAGCAGCUGACGGUCGACGUUGUCGCGGAGAAGCUUCUCCGCUCCUGGGCGACAAGCAGCGAGGGCGCGAGCGUGCGCGCCGUCAGCAGCGAAGAGGACAUUCACCUCCAGGAAUGCCAUGAAAACGGUGAAUUCAUUCUCUGCUGGGAUCCUCUGGACGGCAGCAGCAUCAUCGACUGCAACUGGGCGGUGGGUACGAUCGUCAGCAUCUGGCGGGUCGGUCACCACGGCGUGCAGUGGAACGGCGCAGAGACACUCAUCGGGAAAACCGGGAGACAGCAGGUGGCGAGUUUGAUUGUGAUAUACGGGCCGCGAGCGACCGCGGUCGUGGCGGUGAACGCGGGCGACAGCGGCGUUAUCCAAGCGGGGACAGCGCUCGACCUCGAGCUGCGCGACGACGGCAAGUUUGUCUGCAAAGGCAAGCCGCUCAUUCAGCCGCAGGCGAGGAUCUUCGCUCCCGCAAACCUCCGCGCUGCUCAGGACCUCCCUGGCUACAAGCAGAUGAUUGACUACUGGAUGCAGAAGCGGUACACCCUGAGAUACACAGGCGGCCUCGUCCCCGAUGUCUACCAGAUCUUCGUGAAGAAGCAAGGCGUCUUCUGCAACCCGGCCAGCAAAGCUGCGCCUGCAAAGCUCCGCAUGUGCUUCGAAGUUCUGCCCAUUGCGCUCUUGGUGGAGGCCGCUGGCGGGAAGACCAGCAAUGGCCUCACUUCCCUGCUGGACGUUGCCAUUGAACACAUGGAUCACCGGUCUCCGCUCUGCUGCGGAAGCGCACAAGAGAUCCAGAGGUUCGAGGAGACGCUUGCCGCUGCGCCCGCAAACUAG